GAGGCAGAGGGCCCAGGGGGACUGUCAUCUUCCCUGGUCUCCCAGGGGGGUCCCCAUGUGGCCCAACACACACAGACUGUGGAGCUUGGCGGGGGGGGGGGAGGGCUGCCAGCUCAGGCCCUCAGAGCACUGCUUACGGAGCAGGAGGGCCUGGCCGGUGGGUGUGAGAGCCUGGAUUUACCCCCGGUGCUUGGUGGCCUGUCUCCUCCCAGUGUGUGCCCACCUCUUCGUGGGUGGAGACAGAGAGGUAGGCUCAAACCAUGGGGGCUCGAAGCACACACCCACUGAGUGUUAUCUGGGCCCCAGCUGGGGUGCAGCAGUUGGGUGAGGCUGCGGUGGUGGCGGCUGCUGCUGUUGGGGGUUGAGACGAAAUCUGAGACACAGGCAGGAAGUGGGGGAGCUGCACACAGGCACCACUGCUCUGGGAGCUGCUGGCCUGCCCAGGUGGCUGAGGAGUGCCCUGUACCCGUGGCCCUGGUAAGUGCCUCCUCUGAACUCCAGCCUGGCCAGCUCUCCAGGCCUGUUGCUGCAUGCCCUCCUGGGAGCACUUGAGGGCUGGGGCCUGGGAGGACUAGCCCCUACCAGGUCGCGCCACUGGGACCUCCUGUGGGGGAAGCCCACUCCCUGGGUCUGGGCAGACUCAGCCCCAACCCCCCAUAUCUGUGCUAGGCUUUGCGGAUUGUAGAGUGGACCCCCAUCCCCUGCAGCCCUGCUAAAGCCCCAGGAAGGAGACACGUCCAGCAGCAGGAAUGGAGGUGGGGGUGGAGAGCCAGGGAGAGGUGGGGGGAGGGUACUCAGUGCCCAAAGCAGCCCCUUUCUGCCAGCUGACCCCCACCUCUUCAGCCCCUCAGGGGGCCAAGCUGUGGUGAAUGACUAAGGCAUCACCUCAGACGGCCUUACCUGGGCAGGGAAGGGCUGCAGGUGAGUCUGUGGCCUGUGGCUUGAAGGCUCAUGCGUGUGACCUCAGUGGCAUCCCCAGGCCUCAGGUUUGGGUUGUAGUGACCACAGUGGAGCCGUGGCCAGGUUCUCUCUGGCCAUGCUCUGCGGUCAUGUGGGUUAUCAUCACUGGCUUGGGCACACGUGAGGCCAGGAAGAGCACACAUUCUCACACUGGCCAGGAGCCCCCAACCAGAGGCGGGAAAGGAAGGUGGGCGCUAGGCUGCGUCCUCCGCCUCUAGGAGGAGGGGCUGCUGAGCCUUGGGUUUCCUGUGUGCUGAGUCAGAGCUCCCAGGGCGGGAGACCGCCAGCAUUGUGAGGCGAGGCGGGGUUGCAGGUGGGUGGCCAGUCCUUCAGCCAGUCCCCAGGACCCUUGUCUUCUGCCCUCAGGCCAGUCCAGGGCUACACAGGAUGGGGCCACUGGUGCCCUCAGCCCCUCCUGCCCUCUGGGUCCUAGGGUGCCUCACCCUGCUCCUCUGGCUGUGGGUGCUGUGCGCAGCCUGCCACAGGAAGCAGGCUCGGAGGCAGCCAGCAGGGCUGCAGGGUACCAUGAUGCCAGCGGAAAUGGUGAGUGCCAGGCUGUCCCGGGGGCCAGGUCGGGGCCAGCGGGGACCGACCUGCCUUCCUUGCCCCCAGUCACUGCUGAGACAGCCCCCCCUCUGCAUCCUCAGCAAGUCAGACACCAGACUGCAUGAGCUGCACCAGGGCCCGCUCCACCGCACAGCCCCUCGGCCUGCCAGCAUGGAUCUCCUGCGCCUACAAUGUCUGGAGGUGUCUAGAGACACCACCAGGCCCCCAGCCGCCUUCUCACACCGGGAUCUGCCCCAGACCUCACCUACUACUGCUGCUGCCCAGCCCUCCACGGGCCCUGAGGCCACCUAUUCCAAUGUGGGGCUGGCAGCCAUCCCCAGGGCCAGCCUGGCAGCCAGCCCCAUGGUGUGGGCAGGGGCAGGGCUGACCAGCAGCUGUGCCGGAGACGAGCCUGAGGCCAGAUCGGUGGUGGCUGAGUAUGCUUGUAUCCACAAGCUCAAGGGAACAGGUCGGGGUCCCCAAGGCCUGGACCAGGGGAAGGUCCAGGGGACCCCAGCCACUCAGGUGGAUAUCCUAUACUCCAGGAUCAGCAAGCCUAAAAGGAGGGACGCAGGAUCUGCCCUAGGCCAGCCGGACCCCAAAAGCAGAGUGGCAAUUCUGACUCGGGGGAGGAAUCUGGACUACGAGGCCCUCCCACUUAGGGGCCUGAGUACCCACAGCGACCUAGAAAACGUGUAUGAGAGCAUCCAGGAGAUGGGGGCUCAAGCCGGCAGCCUGCAGCUCGAGCUAACAGAUCAGACAUGAAGGCCUCCUGCUUCUCCGGCCUCAGCCUGUGGGGCUCAGCCACACAGGGGUCUCCAACCCCUCCCUGCCCUAGCACCCAAGUACAGCUGUUUCUUCUUCCAGCGUCCCUCUUCCCUCACGGUCCCCUGCAGAGGGCAGCCUGAGAGCGUCUGGGGUCCUGGCUGCCCUGGCCUCUCCUGCCAGCGUCUUAAUAAAUGCCCAGCGCAGGGAGGAUGAACGCC